CUAUGAUGGAUAUUACGAAUAAAUAUAUUGCUUUAUUGUUCUGAGUGCCAAAGCAAAAGCUAGCUUUAAUCUGAUGCAGCAUCCUGCUUUCUAUAUCGGUCCAAGAGGAAGUCGUGACAUCAGUGUUUCAACAUCAGUGAAAGGACAGAGCUGCAUUUCAGUUCUCUUGUUUAACUCCAGGGUAUGGAGUCACUAACUGGGCAAACAUGUAAAGCGGUAGACUCAAAAGAUGCACUGGAGAUGAGCUGUCUGGAUUCCACUGCAUUGCUGAAUCGUCUCAAACAACAUAUCUUCAGCACUCCAUGAAGCAUGACUCAGGCAUGAUGGGAGACUGGGGAAUCCUGGAACAGCUUCUGGAUGAAGUUCAGGAACACACAACUUCAGUUGGCAAAGUAUGGCUUUCAGUCCUCUUUAUAUUUCGAAUCCUGAUCCUGGGGCUGGCAGGUGAAUCUGUGUGGGAGGAUGAACAGUCAGACUUUACCUGUAAUACGGAACAACCAGGAUGUGAGAACGUGUGCUAUGACAAAGCCUUUCCAAUUUCACACAUUCGUUACUGGAUCCUUCAAUUCAUCUUUGUUUCUACACCAACAUUAGUCUAUCUUGGGCAUGUAGCAUAUCGCAUUAAAAAGGAAGAACGACGUAAUCUGAAUGACAGCGAUCCUAAGGAACUGGAGGAGGAAGACAAUGACUCCAAACGUGAUGCCGAGGAAGUAGAAAGGAAGUCGUCGAAAGUAUACACCAAUGAAAGUGGAAAGGUCAAGAUUCAGGGUGCUCUGAUGCUCACAUAUGCCAUAACUACAAUUUUCAAAGCUGUUUUUGAAAUAGGGUUCUUGAUUGGUCAGUGGUACCUGUAUGGCUUUUUCAUGAAUGCACAAUACAUCUGUGAACGUCCUCCCUGCCCUCAUAAAGUAGAUUGUUUUAUGUCUCGUCCCACAGAGAAGACUAUUUUUAUCAUUUUCAUGCUGGUGAUAUCUGUGAUUUCAUUUAUUCUUAUAUUGUUAGAAUUAUACUGCCUUAUUUGCAAAUAUCAGAUAAACAAACUUAAGAAAGCAUCUCUGGCAAAGAGAUCCCCUCAAGACAUUCCUCAGAAAUCUCUGCAUGACCCCAACUGCUUAUAUCAUACAAAGGAAAACUUGUACUCACCGUUGCACAUCAGCAGCAGUCCAUAUCCAAACUAUACAAUAUGUUACACUGAACAAACUCUCGGAAACAUGGAUAGCUAUAUGGCUUCCAAGGCUACAGCUCCAAGACAUGUUUUUACACAAAAGACUUUAAACAAGUCUCGGUUUGAGACUGACCCACGACCUGCAAGCAGAACAAGUCAAAUUUCCAAAAAACAGUAUGUGUAAAAUAAAAUAAAAGUUCUGUCAGUAAUUGA